GGCCUCAGUGGCAACAAAACACUGCCUUUCAAGAAGUCCCUGCUUCAGAAUUGCCCCUGUUGCAAAAAGUGUCACUGAAAUUGCAAAAUAUCCUGCUGUAGACUGGAAAGCCCCACUUCUUACCAGAUUCUGUCAUAGCUGCCUAAGUCUUAGCUUAGGAGUUUCCUGGCCAGACAAGACGGCGUCAGAGAUCCCAAGAACACGAAGGAUGCUUUGCGGCAUUGCACGAUUUCAUCAUUUCUGUCUCAGCAGUGGGAGACUGCCUUCCGGAAUCUUGUACAGGUCCUGGUCCCAGAGAAACCCCAGUUAAAACCCUUCUGACCCAACCUGAGAAUUUCACACAUCUGACAUUUGCACCAUAAAGGUGCAUUUGGGUUCAUUCAUUUUUAAGGGAAGUUGUUGGGUUUCGGUAUUAUUUUCUCACCAGGAUCCAGAAAACUGGAUGCUGUAAUCUGUUAAACGCCAAACACUGAAUACUCUGUAAGAUAUAAAGCCCAUGGGCCAAUCAGACAAUAAAAUAAAUUCAACCAACCAGAACUCACGGAAGCCUUGAUCCCAGGUUGGUCAUACAGAGGGGCUGUUUGUUCAGCCAGGCAUCAGAAUGCUGUCACUGACCUGUGGGAAUGGUCAGCAUGGCCUAUUUUGAGCCUCGUUGGUCGCUGAAAAGAUGACAUCUACGGUUAGUGAUGAAUAGUAAAAUAACAAAGUACCAUCAUGCAGGGAGACAAUACUGCAAAGUGGUUAAUAGAGUGAGUUUGAACCCUGGCUCUGGGCAAAUCUCUAAGCCACUAAUCCCGGCUGUAAAUGGAGAUGAUGAAUCCUGCACUGAAGGGAUACUGCAGAGAUUUUAGGGAAUAAUGGAUAUAAAGCACAGAGUUUUAAAAAAAAAGCACAGAGUAAGCAUCGCUGAAGGGUAAUUGUAUUACCAACAAAACAUCUGUAAGCCAAACAUUUCAUGAGGAAGACACAAAGUUUAAACCAGGAUAUGCAAAUGAUGCCAACUAAGUGAUAGAAAUACCACCAUUUUGCAACCACCACUCUAGCAACUGAUUUAGGAAAGGAUCAUCAAUGAAGGCUAACAUCAUGGGGUGAAAGAUUGUGAGGGAGCAAGACCUUUCCACACACUGAGGUUCCAUAUUAAUUACAAAGAAAAAAAUGGCCUUUUACAAUGGAGAGAUCUCAAGGUGGCGUGGAUGGGCCCUCAGUCUAAUAAUGGAACAAUCACACAAAUCUACACUGAAGGACACCGUGCUUGGAACGGACUUUUCAAAAACAUUGUCUUUUUUUUUUUUUUUUUUUUAAUAAGAGGGCUUGACGAAGCAAGCCUCCAGGUCUGAGACCUCACCCACUGUCUCCACUUUAUUUUUUAUAUUUAUUUAUUUUUGGCUGCGUUGGGUUUCCGUUGCUGCGCGCGCGCUUUCUCUAGUUGCAGAGAGCAGGGGGCUACUCUUCGUCGAGGUGCGCAGGCUUCUCUUGCUAUGGAGUACGGGGCCUAGGCGCCCGGGCUUCAGUAGUUGUGGCUCAAGGGCUCUAGCGCAUGGGCUUAGUUGCUCUGCGGUAUGUGGGAUUUUCCCGGGCCAGGGCUCGAACCCGUGUCCCCUGCAUUGGCAGGAGGAUUCUUAACCACUGCGCCACCAGGGAAGCCCUCAAAAACAUUAAUGUCUUGAAAGAAUUCUAAAAGGUGAGGGGAAUGUGAAAGUGUUCUAGAUAAAAGGAGACUACAGAGAUAUGGCAACUAAAGGCAAUGCCGGAUCUCUGAUUGGAUCCUGGAUUGGGACCAAAAAAAAGCUAUCAAAGACAUUAUCAGGACAAUUGGGGGAUUUGAUUAUGGAAAGCUUGUAGUAUUGUAACAACAUUAAAUUUCCUGAGUGUGAUAAUACUACUGUGAUUAUUUAAAAUAAUAUCCUUGGGAAUUCCCUGGCGGUCCAGUGGUUAGGACUCGGCGCUUUAACUGCAGAGGGCCCAGGUUCAGUUCCUGGUUGGGAAAUUAAGAUCUGACAAGCUGCGUGGGGGCAGCCAAAAAUAAAUAAAUAAAUAAAUAAAUUUUAAAUAAAUAAAUAAUAAAAUAAUAUCCUUGUAUCCUCAUUCUUACUAUUUAGGAUAGCUAGGGUAUUUGAAGUGAUAUCUGUUUUCAAUUUAUUAUGAAAUGCUUCAAAAAAAACAAAAAAGUGUGUGCAUGUGUGAGAGAGAAUCACCAAACAUGAAAUGUAAAUGGCUGCUGAACCUAGGUAAAGGGUAUAUAAGUGUUCAUUGUACUAUGUUCUCAAAUUUUCUGUGGAUUUGAAAUUUUUUUGAACCAAAAAGCUGAGGAUAAAAAUCAAUGUAGCAGAAAGACACAGCCGUUAACGGAGGAAGCAGUCAGCUCCCGCCAUACAAACUCCAUUAGCUUUGGAGCCACGGCUGGGGCCCCAUACUGGGCUGCAAGCCCUAAGAACGCCUAUGCCUUUUUCACCCUUGUUUCUCCAGCAUACUGGUCUGGAACAUGUGUUCAGUACACGUGCAUGCAUGACACCCUCCCUCCGGAGUCUGCUCCCAGGAAGCCACAGCAGAGUUAGCGCUGGGACAAAUAAAUCAGGAUGGUGGUCCCAGGUGUCGCGUUUCGAGGCCUUCGUGUUGCUGGAAGAACCAGACAACUGGAAGUACGUCAACAGGGGCGACCCCAGGGCUUGUCUCCUGGAGAUGCCCUCCUUGGGCAGGGAGGGACAGAGCUUGCAGGGCUGUAUUUGCUGCUCCCCAUCCCCCUGUCAUUGGCUCCAGAGGGUCAGUAAAACCCCAAGACUCUGGAGGAGAGCAGUUGGCCAGAGGGGCUGACCCUCAUCAUGGUUCUCUCCAGCAUGGGACCACGGGCUCUGUUCCCCCCACUCCCACCCCCGUAUCCUGGCGGGGGAGAGGGAAGCAUCUGACUGCCUGCCCAAAGAUCCAGAAUCUGGAAUCCAAUCCCAGACCCUUCCUCAAAGACUUAUCCACCACUCCGCAGUCCAGCCCAAGUCAGUGAGAGCUGGGGUGCUGAUGACCACAUGUCUGACAAGGCAUUGAGUCCUCCCAGCUGGAAAAGCCUCUGAAUCUGUAAGAAAGAGAACACAAACCAACAAUGACACACUCACAGCCUUAGUCUCAGUUUCCACCAAAACACAGAGCAUUUCCUGUGCCUUUUCCGUUAUUUCACAAGCUGCUUCUUAGUCUCCCUCUGAGCUCCAGGACAGACAGCUGUUUCUCCCCUCAAAAGCCAGACAGUUGCCUCCAGCCUCUCCUGGUCAACGCCAUGGCCAAGACCCGUAGUGACCAUCUGCUGUACUCCCUGGAAGAGCUGGUGCCCUAUGACUUCGAGAAGUUCAAGUUCAAGCUGCAGAACACCAGCCUGGAGAAGGAGCACUCCCGGAUUCCCCGGGGCCAACUCCAGACAGCCAAGCCAGUGAAGCUGGCCACUCUGCUGGUCACCCACUACGGGGAGGAGGACGCUGUGUGGCUGACCCUGCAGGUCCUGAGGGCCAUCAACCAGCACCUUCUGGCAGAGGAGCUCAACAGGGCAAUUGGCCCAGGGAGGCUGCAGGACAAGGCUGUGUGUCCCCUUUGCCGUGCCCAGGAAGGAGACCCGGUUGGUGGCAGCUGCGUGCAUGUUUCCUGCAGCUGCUCCGUUGCUUCUAGGGAUCCUGAGGCCUCAUGCGGCCACUCAUCCAGCUGGCUUCAGUGCCAGGACUUGCUCCUGGGGAAGAGCCAUGGAAGCCUUGACCCCAAGUCCCUGCCACAGUGUGAGCGUCACAUGAAGCAGGUCCAGCUGCUCUUCUGCGAGGACCAUGGGGAACCCAUCUGCCUCAUCUGUGGGCUGAGUCAGGAGCACCAAGGCCACCGGGUUCGCCCCAUCGAGGAGGCCGCCCUGGAAUACAAGGAACAAAUUCAGAAGCAGCUGGAGCAUCUGAAGGAGUUGAGAAAAUCUGAAGAGGAGCAGAGAUCUCAGGGGGAUAAGAAGACAGCAAACUCCCUGAAACAAGCUGAAACCCAGAAGCAGAGAAUCCAGUACCAGUUGGAGCAUUUAUGCCAGUUUUUAGAGCAGCAAGAGCAGCUCUUUGUGACCUGUCUGGAGGAGCUGGGCCAGACCAUUGGCCAAGUCAGGGAGACAUAUGGCACCCGGGUGACAAGGGACAUCGCCCUUCUCGACAAGCUGAUUGGGGAGCUGGAGGCUAAGCAGUGCCAGCCGGAAUGGGAGCUUAUGAAGGACAUCGGAGUCACCCUGCACAGGGCCAAGAAGGUGACUGUCCCUGAGCUGUGGGCCACCCCUCCAGAAGUGAAAGAAAAGAUCCACCUGCUGUACCAGAAAUCAGAGUUUGUGGAGAAGCGCAUGAGGCACUUCUUGGAAACCCUGCGUUCAGAAAUGGAAACGUUCAACGGUGAGUCCGGUGGUGGUAGUAUGUGUUGGCCAGGGAUUACUGCAAUUUUCCCUUGUGCUGUUGAUUUCUGGGAAUUAUUUAGAAAAGAGAAAACACCUGUAACAAAGGUGGGAGAAAAGUCAUGCCAAGUCCUCACAGGCUCUGUGCCAGGGUCACUGGCUGUCAACUCACCAGAGUACAGAGUAUCCAAGGCAGGCCUGGGUACCAGAGAGGAAUGGGGUUAUAUCCAAGCAGAGGAAGCCGAGUCCUAA